AUGAUGUGCGCGGCCGACCCUCGCCACGGCCGCUACCUGACCGCGGCGGCCCUCUUCCGCGGCCGCAUGUCCACCAAGGAGGUCGACGAGCAGAUGCUCAACGUGCAGAACAAGAACUCCUCCUACUUCGUGGAGUGGAUCCCGAACAACAUCAAGGCCUCCGUGUGCGACAUCCCCCCGAAGGGCCUGAAGAUGGCGGUCGCCUUCGCGGGCAACUCGACGGCCAUCCAGGAGAUGUUCAAGCGCGUGGCUGAGUACUUCACGGCGAUGUUCCGGCGCAAGGCUUUCUUGCACUGGUACACUGGCGAGGGCAUGGACGAGAUGGAGUUCACCGAGGCGGAGAGCAACAUGAACGACUUGGUCUCGGAGUACCAGCAGUACCAGGACGCCACUGCGGAGGAGGAGGGCGAGUUCGACGAAGAAGAGGUCGAGCCGCGCUCGUCGCACUCGGUGCUCACGCUGCAGCUGUCCCCGAGGCCCGAGCUGGGCGAGCUGGCGCGGCGGGAGCUGACCGCGGAGCUGCUGCUGCCGUUCGACAGGCUCGUGGACCUGGGCGCGCCCCUGUUCACGUCCCUCGUGCUCGGCCUGCCGUUCGGUGGCGGCUCGACGGUGACCAUCAACCAGGCCAUCCAGAGCGCCUGCGACCCCGCCGUGCCCAAGGUGCUGCUGACGCUGUUCCGACCUCAGCUGCCCUGGGCCCCCGGAGGAGGCCGACCGCACCCCGACAUCCAGGGCGCCGUCGCCGUCGACGGUGAGAUCGGCAGCUGCAUUGGGAGCGGCGCCGGCACAGUGGGGCUGGCGGGUUCUCUCGUGGAGCAGGUGGGCGGGGUGAUCCAGGCGAUCCGAGUGGCCAACGAGACCACGCUCCACCUGCAGGCCGCGUCGGCGGAGGAGGCCGACGAGGCCAGCGGCGGCAGCGCCGCCGUGUCGUGGCCCGCCACCUCGCGCUGCGGCACGCCGUGCGGCGGCACGCCGCGCGGCGGCACGCCGCGCGGCGUCGUGCCGGAGAGGAUAUCCAUGUGGUGCUACAAGGGCACCGACGGCGCCCCGCUGGGCAUCCGGGCGCAGGCGCAGGUGGACGCCGAGCGCACCGGCGCCGUGCUCAUUCCCGGGGAGGCUUCCGCGGGCCCAGGCGGCGACAAGGCCGCGAUGUCGGGGGCCUCGGGCUUCCCCCUCUUCGUUCGAGGUCGGCGGAGCGCGCUGCUCGCGCACGCGGUGCCCUCUGCCACGGGGAACGGCGCCGCGCCGCUGCGUGCUCUCCAGAGGGCACUGGAGUCCCUGGAGAGGCGCAAAACGAUGUCUCCAAACAUCCUCAAGGGCGAGGGCAAGGAGAAUGAUAAGGACUGGGAGGAGGCGGACUCCGAGCACAAGGUUGUCAACGUGGAGGACAUGCCCGAGGAGGAGGACGAACCCGACGAGGAUCCGACCUCUCUGUCGUUCGACCAGUUCCAGGCGUGGUACACCAACUCGCUCUUUUACAAGGCGAAGAUGGACACGCACGAGAAACAGGGGGAGGCCGAGGAGGCCUUCAUGACGCUGGACGCGCCCGAGGACGGUACGUUCAGGACCAUGUUCAUGUAUUUCCUAACGUACCCGAUUUGCGCGGUACUCUACAUCACCAUCCCGGAUUGCCGCCAUCCCAGAUUUCAGCACAACGCGAAGAUCGCGAUGGUGUCGUUCGCGCUCAGCCUCUUCUGGAUCGCCGUGUUCUGCAACCUCCUGUUCGAGUGCACCGUUGUGCUGAGCAACUCGAUCCCGAUUGCGCCCGAGAUCGCAGGAGUCACCGUGAUUGCCGCGGGGACCUCGAUCCCGGACCUGCUCUCGAGCUACAUCGUCGCCAAGAACGGCGAGGGCGACAUGGCGGUCAGCAGCUCCAUAGGCUCGAACAUCUUCGACGUGACCGUGGGCCUGCCGCUGCCCUGGCUGUGCUACAGCAUCGCCAAGUGGAGACCCGCAGAGGUGAGCAACGAGGGCCUGUUCUUCUCCCUGAUGCUUCUGAUCGGCAUGCUGGCCGCGGUGAUCACGGUCAUCAAGUGCAUGAGGUGGAAGAUGACGAAGAGCCUAGGUUAUUGCAUGCUCCUGCUCUACGUUGUCUACCUGGCAGUGGCCAUUUUCUCUCAGACCGAUUCGAGCGGCAUCUUCAAAUGA